AUGUCUUCUUCUGUGAAUAAGGACAAAAAAAUCGCGAUUAUUGGGUCUGGUGUCUUCGGUCUCUCAUCUGCUUAUCACUUAGCUAAAAAAGGGUACAACCACAUCACCGUUUAUGACAGAGGUGACUAUGAUAAUAAUCAGUUUAGCCCCUUGAGAGGUGCCAAUGGCGCGUCAACCGAUAUCUCCAAACUUGUGAGAUUCUCGUACCUCGAUAAGGUCCAUUACCAAAAUCUUGCCCUUGAAGCCCUUGGAGUAUUCAAUGAAUGGAAUAAAGAAUUGGUCGAAGCAAAAGCCACCGACCCUAGCUUUCCAGAAGCUUUAAAAGACAUUGAUUCGAUCUAUACUAAUAACGGCUACUUAAGGCUCGAUGAUAUCGAUAACGGUGAGGAGAAGGACAAUCUUAACAGUUUUGCCAAAAUUGGGCUUCGUGAUUUCUCAUACGAUUUAAAUAAUGAAAAAGAUACCUGGAGAGCCAAACUCACAGGCUGGUCUGAUAAAUUGGACCCAUUGGAUAUCGCUAGCAAAAUUGAUAACCUAUACGGUGUGUUGGAUACUAUUUCCGGUGUGGCAUUGGCCGAUAAAAGCUUGGUGUGGAUCAAGUACUUGUCCAAAAAAUUGUCGAACGGAACCAUAAAGUUCUUGUAUGGGCCAGAAGUUGGUGAAGUUAUUGAAUUAAUAAACAAGAAUGGCGAAGUAGUUACCUCCGCUGUAGAAACAUUCGGUGAGCAUAUUACCUCUGUCAAGACUAAGGAUGGUACACUUCACGAAGCAGAUUACGUGGUGAUCGCUGCUGGUGGAUGGACUCCAAAUUUCAUCCCAGAAGAGAUCUUACCAAGAAUUGAAUCGGUCGGUUCUACUUAUAUCCUACUAAAAAUCUCCGACAAGUUAAUCCCAAAAUACAAAAAUAUCCCCCAAAUCAACUGGAGAUUACAAUACGCUAAGGAAGCUCCAGAACGUGGCGGGGUUUACAUUUUUCCAUCCACUGAUGAUGGGAUCUUAAAAAUAGGCGCUGAUGAUCAUUAUUGGAGAUACUUUAGUUGUAAUAAUGGCUACAGUGUUCCAAAAACUGAGAUUUCUUCAUUACCUAAAAAAUCUCUUUUGGUUUAUCAAAAUUUUAUCCGGGAAUUUUUACCGGACGUUGCUAAUGAUGAAGACUCUUAUGCUGUUGGUUUUAAAGUGUGCUUUACAGCUAGAGGCCAGCGUAAUGAGCUUAUCGUUGAUUACGCUCCAAAGAAGUUAUUUGAUAACUUGAUAUUUGCUUCGGGCGGAGGGUUUCAUAGUUACAAAUUUUUACCGGUUAUUGGUAAAUUUGUGGAAGGAUUGAUCAGUGGCGAAACUUACGAAUACGCUGAAUUGUUAAAAUUCGAUGCCAUAGAUGCUGAUAGAUACACUUACAAAGAAGUCAAAGACCCGUAUGAUCCUCGGGCUUUGAACAAUACAGAGCUCUCUACAUUUAAAAAAGAUACCAGCCCAGUUCCUAUAAAGGAAUUCCUAUUCCUUCAAUAA